AUGGAUCCACUUUCUAUUGCGGCUGGUACUAUUGGCAUUGCAGACGUCUGUUGGCGUGUUAUCAAAUAUCUCAAAGACCUUCCUGCAGCCGUUGCGGGCGUUCAGAAGGAAAUCGACAGCUUGAUCGCAGAGGUUGAGUCCCUACGGACUGUUAUUCGGUCUGUCGAAGAAGCAUUUGAAGGAAGUUUCGCCAAAUCAUCAAGUGAAUCCCCACUGAGGGCAGCCAACCUUCAGAGCUUGUGGAAAGACUUCAAAAGGAGCCUUGAAGGGUGUCAAAACCUUGCAACUGACCUUGAACACCUGGUUCAGGAAAUAUACGGUAAAAAUGGUGCCAAAGUCACCAGCAAGCUUGAUGGAUUGAGCAAAGAGAACCGCAGGCGGGACAAGGCUGCCGGUUUGCAGAGGGUCCGUGAAAAGCUCUCGACUGAGAAAGACAACCUCCAAAUCCUCCUUACCGGAAUCAGCUUAUAUAAUCACCAUGUCUCACAAGAUACCCUGGUUCAAAUGUCCAAGGACCUUAGGUCUUUGGACCAAGAUUUUAAGACACAAAUAAUGUCCCUGGAAAGAAGGAUCCAACUGUCUGAUGGUAUCGGGACGGAGCCGGACCAAGAAGACAUAUCAAAACUGUCCAGAAUCAAGCAGUUCCGCAGUUCUGUACGAUCUGUCGCUGCAGCAGUUUCUAUCACUACUCCAAAUAAGUUCUUUGACGUUCCUCAACCGGUUAGCAGCUUUUAUACUGGGCGAACGAUGUACUUAGAGCAACUUCAAAAUAUACUUUUCUCCCCGGUGACUCUAGGGUUGGCACCUAAACAGCUUCGAUUUGUUAUAUAUGGCAUUGGCGGUUCGGGGAAAACACAGUUCUGCUCAAAGUUCGCGGAACAGAACCGAGACUGCUUUUGGGGAGUCUUUUGGAUCGACGCCAGCUCUCAUGAACGAAUUAGACAGACAUAUGCUGAGAUUAGCAAACUUGGAGAAGUUGAACCAAACCAUAAUGCUGCAAUGCACUGGCUCUCCAACCGCGAAGAGCGAUGGCUAUUGAUUAUGGACAACGCUGAUGAUCCUCAUAUUGAGCUAUACGAGUAUUUCCCUAAAGGAGAUAGGGGCUGUAUCAUUAUCACAACACGGAAUCCUGCGCAUAAGGUAUAUGGCAAUAUGGACCCUGGUUUCUUCGAGUUUCAAGGCAUGGAGGACGAUGACGCACAAGCUCUUCUCCUACGAGCUGCUCGACUAUCUGAACCUUGGGAUGCAGAUUCUUCCUCGUGGGCAAUUAAAAUCACUCGGCAACUUGGGUUUCUCGCACUCGCACUAAUUCAUGCUGGUGCUGCUAUACGAAAUGGCUUAUGUACCCUGAAAGACUAUCUAUCAUUCUACGAUAAGAAUUGGGAACGUAUCCGACGCACUCGCAGGCUAUCAAUCGAUUCCGAAGAUCGACGAGAUGAUUAUAUGAGUGCUCACGCAACAUAUGAAGUCUCCUAUAGUGGCAUUGCAAGAAAAGGGACCGAGUCUUCGGAAGAUGCCAUACAAUUACUUAAGAUAUUUUCCUUUUUAUACUUUAAGAACAUUCGAUUUGAUAUCUUAAAGAAGGCAGUGAUUAACUGUGAGAUCGAGAGAGCUGAGCAAGAAAGGAAAGAUCGACAGGAGGCAGAACGACCAUUGACCUGGCAUCAAAAAUACAAAUCCAUGCAGUUGGCCGUAUUGAGUUAUUUGAUGCAAGACCGGAGCCCGCCUGCGCUGCCACUCUCCAUUCGAGAAGGCAGAGCUUCCGGUUUUUUCGACGAGGUACGAAUACGCUACGCACUGAGAGAACUCAUACAAAUGUCCUUGAUUACCCACCAUGAGACCAGUGACAGUUAUUCGAUGCACCCCUUGGUCCAUAAGUGGGCACGGGAAAGACCAGACAUGAGUGCAUCAGAACAGGCUGUUUGGUCACAAGCGGCAGCAACAACGCUGGCCCACUCUAUUCUUCUUCCACCCCUCGGGGAAACAGAAGAUGAUGAAAUUUUUCGCCGAGAUAUUCUCCCCCAUAUCGACCAUGUACAGAAGUGCCUGCAAGGAGUCAACGACAAAAUAAUUGCUAACAGGAGACAGCGUUGGUAUGGACUACUAGAUUGGCCAGGAGCCGAAUCGAGGUUUGGCCGAGAGAAAGCAGUGUUAUAUGCAAAAUUCAGCAUUGUAUUUGCACAGAAUGGACGCUGGAGUGACGCCGAAUCGCUUCAGCUAGCUGUUAAGCGGUAUGCAGAGGGUGUCCUUGGCUCGGAUCACGCUGUCACCCGUCGGAUAACGCUAGCUUUGGCCCUAACCUACUGGAAUCAGGGACGAGGUGAUGAGGCCGCAGACCUGCAAGAUGCAGUUUUGCAGUCCUGCAUGUCAUCCUUAGGUCCUAACAACCAUGAGACAUUGAUGGCCAUGGACCUUCUUGGACAGGCAAGGUGGCAGCAAGGGAGGUAUAGUGAAGCAAGAAUGCUUCAACAACAUGCCGUUGACGGCUUAGUCAAAAUCCGAGGUCCUCGCCAUGAAGAUACCCUCACCGUCAUGGGAAACUUGGGUCGGACUCUUACGAAAUUCUAUGAAAACUUGGAUGAUGCGAAGCAAUUGUUAACGCAAGCCCUUGAUGGAAUGAAGGAAAUUCUUGGUCCUACUCAUCUGAAGACAUUAGCAGUUAAGGAAGAAAUAGCCAUGGUCAACGUGCAAAUGGAAAAACAAUUGACCCAGUCUGCCACGAUAAUUGAGGAGGUCCUUGAAUGCCGCAAGGAGAAAUUAGGCAAGGAGCACCCAUAUACACUUCUUGCCAUGGUUAAUCUAGCACGAGUGAAUAUUGCCCUAGGGUUCUACGAUGAAGCAGAGGCACUCGUACGAAAAGGACUAGAAGUUGCGGAUAGGAACCUCGGUCGCAAGCACAUAGGAACCUUGAUGGGACGGACAGUAUUAGGUGUCAUUUUGACCUGCCAGUCUCGAUUUGAUGAGGCAGAAGAGACUUUGCUUGGGGUGAUUGAAAACCUGCGAAAUCUCUCAUCCUACCGAGGAGAUUUCCAUCCUGACCGUCUAGGUGCUAUGAUUGAACUUGCCAAGUGCUAUAAGCUACAAGGCAGAUACGAUGAGAGCAUUAAUCUCUGCGACGAGACUAUUAAGGGACUGAGCAAGAUAAGCUUGAAAGAGCAUCCACUUGAAAAGAAAAUGAAGAGAUUGAAAGUGGAAUUGAUCGAGAUGAAAAAAAGCAAUAAGGAACGGGAAGCAACUAGCCAUUAG